AUGAGCAAGAGAGUGAUUCCCAUGGCGGUGGCGCCGCCGCCGUCGUUGCUGACGACGACGCCGUUGCCGCCGACCCUGGCAUCCGCGUCAUUGGCAUCCAAACAGAACAAGGGAACAAAACUCCCCAUGGAUCGUUUUGCCAUGAUGCGCCAGGUGAACCUUGAAACUAGCGCCUCGGCCACCGCCGUCGACACCGUAUCCGCGGGUCAGAAUCAUCGGGAGCGACUUCAGCAAGAAUCCCGCCGACGGGUGGAAGUCGUGCUAAUGGAGAAAGAAGAUUAUACGUUCACCCAGGAGGGCGUUGACCGCCUCAAGCGGCAGGAAGCACGACUCGUCAUGCAGGAUGAAGACAAACGCAUGCGGCAGCUCAUGAAAGAUGAGGCCGCCGUCAAGUAUCAAGCCCUGGAAAGAGAACGACGUCGGAUUGAAGCCGAGGAACGGCAGGUGCUCCUCGAGAAGCAUAGAGUGGAAAUGGAAGCGCAAAAAGCCAAACAAGAUGCUGACAACGAGCGCAAAAGACUGGAACGGGAAGAGCGCAUGCGCAAAAUGAAAGAAGCAUCCGAUCGCAAGGCUCGCGAAGAGUACUUGGCAAAUGAAGCGGUCAAGAAGGCGGCACUGGAGAGAGAGCGUCAAGCACAGCAGGAACAGAUGGAGCGGCUCCACAUGGAAAUCGAGGACGAAGCCGAGCGCUGUCGCAUGCAAAGAGCUGCUGAGGAAGCGUUGAUCCAGGCCAAGGUCGCAGCGGAGGAGGCCAAGUGGAAAGCUUGGGAGGAGGCGGAGGCCGCGCGAGAAGCGUCCGAGCAGGCAGCGCGACGAGCGCAAAAAGCUGCGCAGUACGAGGCCGACAAGAAGCGCCGCAUGGACCUGCAUCGCCUUCGCAAAGAAACGGAGAACCGGCUCAAGCGCAUCGAAGCGAUGGACCACCCUACUCCGCUUCCCCCACCGCCGUCCAGAACCCCCGAUUCACCUUCCAAGAGUGUGCCAAAAAUUGGGUCCUUUUGCUUGAACCCGUCCGUGGAAAAGCCAACAACUGGGGACUUCAAGGACAUUGCGGCGAUGUCAAAAGAUGAGCUGCGUGAAGAGCACAAUACGUGUGUGCAGCUAAAGAAAACGAUCAAGCAAGAUAUUGUAUCCUGGUGUGACGCGUUCCAAGCCAAGCUGGGUCGUCCCCCGACGCUCGAGGAAAAAACCGAGAUCCAGCCGCUGUACAAGCGCUAUAGCGACGUGGAGGCGCACCUCCGGCUUGUCAAGCACCGAUUGGAAGGGUUGGUGGCGCAGGAAAAGGCAAAGAAGGCGCAGGAAGCAUCUGUGUUUCAUCAACUCAGUGCGGCGGCUGAAAGCAAAGCGACUCCCACGCUUCCGCCGGCAACGUUGAAACCAACCACUUCUCGCGAUCAACUCCAUGCGAUACUCGACUCGACCGCUGACGCGGCAGUUCCAUCGUCCGACCUCGAUCAACUGACCACCCGAAAGAAGACUCUCAAACAAGAGAUCCAAGACUGGUGCACACAGUUCCAGAGCGCGCAUGGACGUCCCCCGACCAUCGCAGACAAAAAGGACGUUCAAGGAUUAUACGAAGAGUAUGCAGCUCUCGACGCGAGAAUCAAAGCUCUCAACUCGGCGGAAACUGUGCUUAUGGCUCCAUCACCGACUGCAGCUGCUGUAUUGCCAGGAAACUUGAGCCUCGCGGACCUCGUGAAUCUAGUCCACGAUGCCCUCGACGACCCGACCCCGCUCGCCCCUCGUGAUUUGGCGCAGCGCAUUCUCGCCAUCCAUGAAGCAAUGGACGGUCAGAAAUGCUCCCCGUUUUUGCGAGUCGAUGGCGUUGAGAGCGAGUCGCCGGCGGCCCAGGCUGGACUUCAAGUUGGAGACCUCAUCGGUCGGUUUGGCACCGUCGUCGCCGUCUUGACAGCCACCCAUUCGAAUUUGAUUCGCCAAGUGGUGACUGUGGUGAAUGCAAGGGUGGGAAAGGGAGUGUCCAUCUCGCUGCAGCGGGGCAGCUCGUCCUGGCGCCACUUGGUGCUCAAGCCUCAAAAGUGGAGAGGCAAAGGGUUGUUGGGGUGUGUUUUACAGCCAUACGAAGCCCCUGGUGCCACGCAACCUGCCCUGGUCUCCAUUUCUCCACCAAGGCCUGUCGAACCAUCGCAGCCACAUGAGCUCGACCUGUACGAAGCCCUCACCGUCCCCCUCCCCGAACCUAUGAUGCUCCCGCUCGGGGACUUGGUUGUUUGGCACCACAAGCUCUUGGAUGGAAUGGACAGUUUGGCGUCCAAAGAAUCGAUGGAAGCGAUGAAGACCCAAAUGGAAGCGACGAUGGCCCAACUAACGGUACACAUUCAACGCCUCAUGACGGAGAGCCAUGCGAUUCCGUUCCUAAAAGUUGAAUCGGUCGAAACUUCGUCGCCGUCGGCCCUCGCUGGUCUUGAACCUGGAGACUUGCUCGGGCGAGUUGGCUACGUCAUGUACUACAACGGCGCGACCCAUGCCACCUUGAUCAAAGAGAUGGUCGGGCUUGUCAACGACCGCACGAACCACGGCAUUUCAAUCUCCUUCUUACGACGGAAUCGCACGUGGCGACCCCUUGUGCUUCGGCCCCAGAAGUGGAGCGGCCAAGGGCUCCUCGGGUGCAUUCUGCAUCCGUUUGACGCCCCUGAACGCGUCAAGAAGCUCGCGUCAACGCUAAAGCUAUCGCCCACUGCGACCCAACCGAUCCCGCCCCCUCGCGUCGUUGCCACCGUGCCAAGUCUUCCCAGCCAACUUACACGAGACGAGCCAGCCCCCGAGCCUGCCACACAAACCUUUACCUCGCCAACGACUACAGACGACGCCACGAUGCUCACCGAAACACCACCAAAAAACAUUGCAGACGAGUGCAUCCUGCCAGCCGACACCGCUUACGAGCGCAUCGAAGGAACGACGUCCGACGUCGCAUGCGAGCACUCGACACUUCGUCGAGACGUAAACGAAUCCAUGGCGCUGCGCCACUCGCUGGUGGCCCCAAGCCCGGCCACGGAGAUCCCCAAUGUGGCUCGUACCGCGGAUACUUUGGGCAUCGCCACCGAUGCAGACCUUGCGCAACCCCUGGAUAUGGGUGUACCCUCCAUCACGAACCAACCGGGCAAUCUCGGUGACCGAAAUCGGGCAGCCGAGGCAGCUACGACCGCAGUCACUGUCGAGAACUGUGCGCCGAAAGCAUUCAAUGCUACAGCGCUCCAUCCAACCGUGUCCGAUGGUAGCGACCAUGGCCCGUCUGUCGAAAACCCUCGGCUGGCCACUGCUGGCAACAAGGUACCGCUCCUUGCCACUCCCGAGACCCAACGAGGGCUUGGACCCGACAACAGCGCCUGCACGGACGCGCAACCAAUUGCGACGGAAGAAGGCGAGCCAGGCACACCGUCAACCGAGCCUAUUCAUCGAGGAACUUACCAAGACACUAACUUGGGCAAAAAAGAGCCGUCUGGGCCAGACAAUGAUGCGUCGUCGGCACCAACACCAGAGCAGGAAGCGAUCGAUAUCCCGCGACAACAGGUCGCCCACGUCGAGGAGAGCGCUCUAGAUGACGCCCUAGUCAGUCCAAAUACUGUUCCAGAAGAGCAAGGCUCGAUUUCCCCUCAGCCUGACACGGCCAACGCAUCAUCUCAAGAACCAGAGGGCUCAUCAAGUCAUGUGGAAAGCCAGGAUCACGCCAAGGAAAUGACAGCGGUUGCGUUUGAGGACGACGCAGACGCUCCGCUCAUCGUGCCCCAAUGGCCGGCCCCCGCAGAACGCUUCCCGGCUUCGACCAUCGAGCCAUUCGACGCUCUCAACGAGACCACAACGCCUGCAACGGACGACGUUCACGAGUCGGUGGCAGACAGCACCGUCGACGACGCACCAUACAACUUUCCCGUUGAAGCAUUUGGCGUAUUUGAGGAAGUCACAGGGAAUGCCGCACGUGCGGGGCUUGAGGGAAACGAUUACUUGGUUUGGUACGAUGGCAUGCCAGCGGCCACGGGCGGUCCCCCUUCCAGCAGUGCCCUUCUCAACGCCUUUUCCAAAUGCACCGCGUUCCCACUGCGACUCCACAUCGCGCGCUGGAACGUUGACGCCCUGCUGUACGAGACCCACGACGUAGAGCUCGAGUCCUGGGAUGGGGUCGGGAUCGUUUUGCCGAUUGUUGCCGCCGACGAUGCCACGACGACGACGACUGCGAGCAGCAGCUCUUCUGUUGCCCCACCUGUCGACAACGGAGGCGCGUUUGCCCAAAUCAAUGCAGUAUAUGACACGUCCCCGGCGGACAACGGAGGGUUGAUGGUCGGGGAUCUCGUGUUUUGGAUAACGGACCUCCCCGUGUUCCCCACCCUCGACAGUGUCUCCGACUGGAUCGGUGCCAUGUAUUCCGCGGCCCAGGCCGUCGAAAUCCACGUCUAUCGGUACUCGGUCGACGAUUCCCGCUACGACGAACUCGUGCUUCAAAUCCAGCCCGACCGAUGGUGCGCGCCCCAGCUGCACUUGUCGUCGGCCGUUCGCCGGAACGUCGAGCUGCUUGGCGUGGAUCUCAUCUUCUUCGACAUUCCCGUGCCCCAAACGAUCUAUACUCCGUUCCUCCUUGUCGAGCACGUCAUCGAUGGCUCUCCCGCCGCGGAUGCCGGGCUCGUUGCAGGGGAUUGGGUUGGCAAGAUCGGCCAGCUCACAGCGUCGAGUUUGACGACGAGGCCAGCCGACGACGUCAUGGGCCAAGCGCACUUGUACAUUGACAAGGCCAUGCCUGUGCAGCUCGGUCGGUUUGACCGGACAACGCAAACAAUGCACACAUUUGACGUGACGUUGCGACCGCAAACGUGGGAUGGCGAGGGGCUAGUGGGGUGCCAACUCAGUCCGUGGAGCCCCCAAGACCUGGCCCCAUUCCUCGUCGUCGAGUUGCGCGCGCCGCAAACCCCUUGCGACUCCGCGAUUCAAGAGGGGGACCUCGUCCUGCGCGUCGGAGAUUACGUUCACAGCGCGUCGAUGCAGGAGGUGUCGCUUUACGUCGACAGCCGCGCCACUGUGUUGCUCGUGCUGCAGCGAUGGGACUCGUCCCAAAUGGCGUACACUACGUUUCCUGUGAUCGUCGCUAGUCCACCCACGAGUGCGACAGCAUGGACGUUGGAUGGCAUCGAGAUAGGUGGGUGGUGCUGCGCCGUAUACGAAACGUACUGGGCCAGAUACGAAGAAGCCCAUCCAGCAGAACUGCCGUGCAAAGAGUGCUGGGCCACCACGUUUAGCACGGUCGCUCACGCUGCGGCGUAUGCUGGCCACGACCCGUGCCUGCGGUAUUUGGGCGAAUGCUUUGACGUGUUUGUGAUGGAUUCAUUCGGCCGGACGCCGCUCUUUUACGCGUGUUAUGCCAACCAAGUCGACUGCAUUCAGCUGCUCCUGACAAUGGACUGUUCGAAUCUCAAGGAGGCGAUCGACGCCAAUGGCGACACGCCGCUACAUGCGGCGACCAGCGGCGGGGCCUUGGCCGCGAUUGCGCUCUUGCUCCAAGCCGGCUGCAACCCGGAACCGAUCAAUUACUCGGGAAUGCGACCGGUGCACGUCGCCCCGUCGGCCGAUACGUUGCAAGCGCUCGCUGCGGGCGCCGCAGACCUCCUCGCCUUGGAUGGCUCUGGCCGCACGGCGCUCUCGUACGCAUGCAUGACCGGUGACGAGGCGAGCGUCCAGUACCUUGUGGCCGAGUGUACCGAGUUCAUCGACUUCCCCGACCCCGAAGGCGAUACGCCCCUGCAUUUUGCUGUGGCGGGGGGAUUUUUCACGUGCGUCCAAGCAAUCGUGGCAGCAGCUUCCCCCAAAUACGUCCUCCGCCCGAACAAGGCACAGCAAACUGCUCUGGACGUGGCACGUGCGAACCCCGCCAGCACGGCGAUUGCCCAGUAUUUGGAGCAAACGUGCGUGGUAGACGAGUCGACGGCCGUCCUUCGUUGA